UCACAUGCACCUCAGUGUCACACUUCCUGUUUGCCCUAAGCCGCAGUGUUUGUGAAGCGCGGUGCUGUCAGAGCAGCGGCGGAUUGAAAGCGCAGCGGACUGAUUCCUCUCUGGGCUGACCUGAAACUAGUCAGCUCGGCUCGGCUCGGCUCGGCUCGGCCCGGCCCAGGAUGUGGCUCUUUAAGGCUGCUCAGUCAUGCAGCGGGCGGUGAAUGAAUGACAGAUACUCCGAGCAGGACCAACUUUACUGCGGACUUAUUGGAUUCUUCAAACACCUUCAGAUGCGAUGGAGGCUGGACAGUGAAGAGAACAUAAGCAGAGCCUGAGUGGUGAAGAUGCAGCACACCACAUGCACAGAGGACCGGAUCCAGCAUGCUCUGGAUCGGUGUCUGGACGGACUGAGACAGAGCCCAACCGCAGCGCACCACUGGAACGUGCUGAUGUGCUCUGCGGGGCAGUCGAUGAACCGCUGGAGCUUGGAGGAGCUUGUGAAGAGAGAUCCUGAGAACUUUCUCAUCCUUUUGCAACAGAUCAUCAGAAAGACAAAAGAGGCUCAGGAGCAGUGUCAGUAUGAACUGGUGGCCCCCCUCGCCAUUAUGUUCACCUCUACUCUGCUGCAGACUCCGUAUUGUCCUCCCCACACUGAGCUCCUGGAGGAAGCCCUGGAGGUGUUUUACAGCUUCCUUACUUGGCCGGAGCCUUACUGCAGUGUCUGCAGAGAGCUCCUCUCCAUGCUGCAGCUGGAGAUCAAGGCACCUGGAAUUUCCUUUCAGAGGCUGGUUAAAGAAGAGCAGGGUCUGAAUACCUCUGACCAAACUUCAAAGACCAUGACCGUGUUGCUGAUGAACCCAGACGAGGUUCCCGCUGACUUUCUCAGCGUGGCCGAGCAGCUCAGCAGCAUUCAGCUCUUGCAGAAAGACAUCUACAUCACCCUUAUUAAACAUGCCUUUCAGUCCACGCUGGGCACCAAAUAUGCUCUGGAAAGCAUCCACAAUGCCCUGGAGCCGAAAACUGAAAAUGAGCUGAAGGAGAUUUUCUCCUUGGUGAGCGACAUCUUGGAGACGGCUGCCAUCAUGAGCGAUCCAGGAAAAGCUCGAAGUCAUGUCAUCCAGGAACUGGAACAUUUGAGGAAGACACUGAAAAUCCCCUCCAAUGGGAGGAGGUCUGAUGGAAUCCUCCAGACUUUACCUUUGCCCACAGCCAAAACGUACAUGUUUCACUGGGAGAAGGAUAACUUUGAUGUUCUCCACACCCUUUUGGAGCAUGACGUUGAUGACCUUGGUACCAACAUGCAGGCUGUGGAGGAAAAAGAGGUCAAUAUUUAUGAUGAGCAGGACGGGACAGAAGAUGACGAGGAGAGUCAAGGGGAGGUUUCUGCUCUAAUUGUCGCCAACGACUGCGACGGCAGCCAUCGUGCUUCCAUCUUUUCCACUAUCUCUUCCUUGUCCACCACCUCCAAAGACUCAAUGUUCUCCACCCUGUCUGUGACCUCUGAGUCCUAUCCUCCCUCCCUCAUCUCUUUUGCAUCUGGGUUUGACAGCGACUACUUUGAUGACUCCGAUGAGUUCAUCAGCUCCUCUCCUGUAACUGAAAAAGGAUCUCCGAAGUCGAGCAAAGUUUCGUGUCGUCUCUACCGAUUUUUUAUCAAACCCAAGCACCCCAGGAUGCUCUGUAGGGCUAAGAGCUUGGGUAACUCUGAAUCUAAAGACAUUUCGGGGGGGCGGGAAAUGCGCUCCAACUCUCUCCCACAGCAGGUCAGGUUAUUCAAUUCUGAUUCUCUGCCAAGGCCUCAAAACCAGACUCUAAGACACAUCUGCUUUCGAAGGAGGCCCAUUCUGAGCAGUGAUGAGGACAAUAGCAAUACUACGUUAAGAGUGGUGGUGUUUGGUGCAGAUCAUGUAGCAGGGAAGGUGGCCCGAGCCUACAGUAGCCUGAGGAAGAACGAGAGCAUGUGUCCUCGUCUCACAAGAGCCUUCAACCUGCAGUUCUACUUUGUGCCAGUCAAGAGGGAUUCAGUAUCUGGACAUCGAAGGUCUUCCACUCCUUUGAUCCAAAUCGGAUCUCCGAAAGGAACAGGUCUGCCCUGGGAUCAGAACCGCACAGGUGACAGCACUAACGACAUUGCACAUCUCCUGGGCAUGUUGGAUCCGUGGUACGAAAGAAACACCCUCAGCCUCCUCAAGUUGCCUACCAACGUUGUCUGCCAGCAAACCUCAAAAACCGAGUCGAUCUCCUACGAUAGCUCAAAUGAGCAGCGUCUGCCCAUCCUGGCUGACUUGGUGCUGUACUACUGCCGCUACGCAGCACGCCCUGCUCUAAUCCAGCUCUAUCAGGCUGAGCUGACGUUGGCUUGCGGAGAGAGGAGGACCGAGGUGUUCAUUCACUCUCUCGAGUUGGGUCACACUGCAGGAACGCGAGCCAUCAAGGCCAUGGGUGCUGCCAGCAAACGGUUCGGCAUUGAUGGUGACAGAGAAGCAGUGCCUCUUACCCUGGAGGUGGUCUACAACAGGGUGGUUGUUAGUGGAAGAAGCCAGUGGAAAAGAGAAACCAAAGUCUGUACUUCAGUUAACUUGAUCAAAGCAUGCAAGAACCCUGAGGAACUAGAUUCAAAGAUGGAGUGCCUGCAGCUCACCAUGACUGAGGUUCUGAAGAGACAGAACUGCAAAAGCAAGAAGAGCUACAAUCAGCAGCUCACUGUGACUGAGGUGAAGGUGGACAAGGUGCAGGUCAGUGGAGCUGGAAACACAACUUUUGCUGUAUGCCUGGACCAGGAUGAAAAAAAGAUACUGCAAAGUGUCACCAGAUGUGAAAUAUCUGUGUGCUACAAACCUGACAGCUCUACUGACUGGAGGCUAAGAAAAUCCCAGGCUUCUGCUCAGAUCCAGCCUCUUAACCCCACCUUCUGCUCCCUGCUCUGCCUGCCUAUUGUAACCUUCAGCGGGGCUCUACCCUGAGAACGUUCACCACCGGUUUCGGUGGAUUCGAUCAGAAAGAUCUUCAGCACUGUUAUUCAUUGUAUACUUUGCACACACUGCAGAAGAAAAAACACAAAGAACUUCUCAUUGUCUGUGCCGGUUUUCUUGAAGGUAGUUUGGUUCAUUUCAACAUGGCGGACGCUGAAUGCAGGUUUUGGAAACUAGGCAUCUGCACACUGAACUCCAGACUCUGUUGUCUUCUGAUCAGAUCAGUACUCUUAACUCGCAUGAAACCAAGACCGUCUGGAGACGGGAUUCAUUUUAUCUGUGCAAUGCAGACCUUCGCUGUUAUGAAGAGAUCUUUUCAAGUUUCACUUUUUAGGUUUCAGUUCCUUUUUUUUGUAUGUUUGUUGACAAAACUGACUUCACCCACAGUUACAAUAGAAUGUAUAAUGGUUGAUCAGGGUAAAUAUUCAAAGUUUUAUGUAAACAUAUCAUUUGCACUGGCAUUACCUUGACAGCAUGUUUUGGUAAAUCAGUCCCACAGACAGAAAGAUAGGAUAAUGUAUUUUUUAUCAAUCAAACCCACGACAGUCGAUUCUGAACUAUUGUGAAAGCACACUAUAGAUGUAUAACGUGUAAAUAUUAUGCCCUUAAGAUAUUUCACGUACUAUAACUUUUACUCAACGCCAUAAUGUUUUUAUGUGUAUCAUGUAAUCUGAUUAUAUUUCUCCCAAGGAGUUACAGUUUUUAACCGCACCACCAGGGGUCUCUGUUGGCUUUUCAAAUAACCUCCACUCCACGCCGCAUAUAUAAUCAUUUGAAUUUGAAACCGAACUCUCUGUAAACACUGUAAUAUAUCAUGAGAAAAUCACAGUCCAACUUAUUAAAACGAUAAAAUGAUCAAGAAUAGAGGUGGAUAUUAUGGUGCUGUAAAAUGCACUCGAAUGGCCAUCUUCCUAUGUAACUGAUUAUCUGCACUUUCUAAAAAUGUAAAACAAUAUGUACCAAUAAAAUAUAUUUUGUA